AUGACCAUCUUGUUCCCCGUCUCUGGCGGCUUCGUUCGACUAGCUGGGAAAUGGGUAGACGACGCACUGGGUUUUAUGGUCGGCUGGAACUUCUUUUUCUACGAGGCUCUCUUGAUUCCGUUCGAGAUCACCGCUGUGAAUCACAUCCUUACCUUCUGGAGAGACGACAUUCCAGUGGCAGCCGUCUGUGCCGCAGUUAUUGUGGCUUAUGCGUACGAAGUCCCCUUAGCAACUUUCUUUGUCGAAGCAACGCCAAAUGCAUCAAAAUGCCUCAUGAGUUAUUCCUGA